GUUGAAAGAGGUUAUGCAGUGAGGGAGGGCGACAUUGUUGUUUGUUGACAUCCGGUAGGGCUACGAUGUAACAACAUCUGUGGUCUACUCGCGGGAAACUACUAGGCUACAUGGGAUUGUGUGAAUUUAUGGAAAUAUGUCCAAGAAAAGGGGCAGAAAGCGUAGCAGCGGUGAGCUGAGUGAAAGUUCAGGUUCGUCUCUGUCAUCGACACUGGACCCUAACAACCUGCUGGGCCUGCGGAUUGAGCACAACUGGAGGGAGAAGGGCAACCUGACCAAGUGGAAAGGCACAGUGCUGGAGCGCCUCACCGUCAACACCUCCCUCUACAUGGUCAAAUACGACGGAUUCGACUGCGUCUACGGCAUCGAGCUGUUCAAGGAUGAGCGAGUUUCCAAUCUCCAGGUUUUAACAGAGAAAGUCGUAAACAACAAGAUCAAGGUGCCCCAUGAUGCGCCAGAGCUGGUGGGGAAGGCUGUGGAGCACCUGUUUGAGAAGGAGGACGGCGAGAAGAACGAGUGGAGGGGCAUGGUGCUGUCUCGCGCCCCCAUCAUGACCAACUGGUACUACAUCACCUAUGAGAAGGACCCUGUGCUCUACAUGUACCAGCUCUGGGACGACUAUAAGGACGGAGACCUCCGCAUCCUACCUGAAGCAGAGAACAAACACCUACUGCCUGCAGACAGGAAGCCAGGCGAGGAGACAGAGAGCCUUGUGGGUAAGCAGGUGGAGUACGUCACGGAUAAGGGCGUGAAAAGGACGGGGCUGGUUAUCUACCAGGUUCCAGCCAAACCCUCUGUCUACUACAUCAAAUACGACGACGACUUCCACAUUCAUGUCUACGAUCUGGUCAAAACCACCUAGAAUACAACUCUACCCGGUCAAAACCACCUAGAAAGGACUAGUCCCCCCUGCCUCCGACCCUCACACUUGUACACUCACCUUAGGUCGAGUCUUAUUUCAACUCAGUCAAUUCAGGAAGUGAGUUGAAAUUCAGUAUUCACCAAAGUCGAAAUAUUGGGAAACUUUUAAUUCAUGAAUUGAAUGUCAAUCCAUUUCCUGAAUUGACUGGAUUGAAAUGGAACUCUCUGCAACCAUGACACUUCCCUGUCAUUAUUGUGGACAUGUUCCCUGACCUGUGUCUUGUCCAAGGUCAGACGUUUGCUAAAAGUGUGAACUCUGUGACUCAUAUUGACUAGUCUUUUGUAAACAGUGCAAAGCUUGCAUGUGUAUUUCCUUUUCUUUUAAGAAACAAGCGAUUAAGCAGCUAUGUUUUAUUUUGUUUGGCUAAUGAGUAGUAAUUGUAAAUUGCUCUGGAUAAGAGCGUCUGCUAAAUGACUAAAAUAUAAAUGUAAGGAAGUAGAUAUUAUCAAUGAAAAUGAUCUAUGUUGAUGUACAAAUGUGUUGCUAGAAUAAGUGCAAUAAAAAAACGAUUUAAUAGAAA